GGGGGGGGGGGGGGCUGCUUCUCUCUCUCCAUCAGCCUCCCAGACAGGGGAGAGAACCCAGGCGUCCUGGCUCCCAGCCCCCCCUGUUCUAACCACUAGAGCCUCCUCCCCUCCCAGAGCGGAGAAUAGAACCCAGGCGUCCUGGCUCCCAGCCCCUCCCCCGGCUUGUGGGGCGUGUCGGCGGCUGCUAGCGGCGGGGGGCGGGCAGGGCCGGGAAGAGCCGCGGUGGGGCGGGUAUAAAGGGUCCCCGCCAGCGCCCCAGACCCCACAGACCGCCCGGCUCUUGCUUCAACAGUGCUUGAACGGAGCCUCCGCACCCCGAGACCGCCCCGCACCCCCCGAGACCACCCAGCACCCCCCGGGCACCCCCCGAGACCACCCAGCACCCCCCGGGCCUCUGCACCCCCGGGCACCCAGCCGGCGCCAUGAGCUCCCAGAUCCGCCAGAACUACGACCCCGAGAGCGAAGCCGGCACCAACCGCCUGGUGAACCAGCUGCUGCGAGCCAGCUACAGCUACCAGUCCCUGGGGUAUUUCUUCGACCGGGACGAUGUGGCGCUGGCCCAUUUCUCCGAGUUCUUCCGGCACCUGUCGGGCGAGAAGCGGGAACAGGCCGAGCGGAUGCUGGGUUUCCAGAACCGCCGGGGGGGCCGCAUCCUCCUGCAGGCCAUCCAGAAACCGGAGCAGGACGAGUGGGGGAAUGGGGCGGCCGCCAUGGACUUCGCCCUGAAGCUGGAGAAAACCAUCAACCAGGCGCUGCUGGACCUGCACAAGGUGGCCACGAGCCACGCGGACCCACACAUGUGCGAUUUCCUGGAGACCCACUACCUGGACGAGGAGGUGAAGCUCCUCAAGAAGCUGGGCGACCACGUGACCAACCUGCGGCGUGUGGGGGCGGCCGAAGUGGGGCUGGGCGAGUAUCUCUUCGACCGGCUCACCCUGCAUGACAGCAGCUGAGCCCCGAGCUGCCCGCGGCGCCGGCCCUUUAAAUCCUGCUGCCCAGCCGGGCCGGAGGCCCCCCCCCCCCUUGUUAAUCAUGGGGUAUGCGCCCCCCCCCCACCUGCUGAUCACGGGGUGACCCAACCCCUCCAAAGUCUGUAACCGGCAUUGAAUAAAAGCUUGGCAUUAGCA